GAACUGGAAGGUGAUGAACCGUUAGGUUGUUAAUUGUUAGCUGGCCGAAGAACCCGUUAGUUAACAGAAAUUUUUAUUUUUAGUUAACAAUAUAAUGAAAAUUUUGAACCUCACUGUUCAAACCUUGUCAUCAACACAGUCACUGUCUGAACCUCUCAAUUUUCUUUACUCUCUCCCCGCUUAGAUCUUACCGUCUACCCAAAAUGUCUGUUACUGCAACAGCUAUUUCACCGGCUGUUGGAUCGUUCCGACUCUCACGGUCACCGAGAGGCAUCCCUCGGUUUAGGAUGGCCGUGAGUUCAAAUACUGUGUCUGUUGCUCCGAUCUUGACAAAGUUACAUAAGGAGUGUGCAACUCCUUUGCCCCUUCUUCGCCUCGUGGCAGACUCUAUGGCAGCUGAUAUGCGAGCUGGACUUGCCGUUGAUGGUGGCAGCGAUCUCAAGAUGAUACUCAGUUAUGUUGACAGUUUGCCCACUGGGAAUGAGAGAGGAUUGUUCUAUGCAUUGGAUCUUGGAGGCACAAACUUCAGGGUGUUGAGGGUGCAAUUAGGUGGGAAAGAAGAGCGUGUUGAAGCCACUGAAUUCGAACAAGUUUCCAUUCCUCAAGAGCUAAUGUUUGGUACCUCUGAGGAGCUUUUUGAUUUUAUUGCAUCUGGGCUGGCAAAAUUUGCACAAAAAGAAGGUGGAAAGUUUCACUUGCCACACGGAAGGCAAAGGGAGAUUGGAUUUACAUUUUCUUUCCCUGUGAAGCAGACCUCCAUUGAUUCUGGCAUACUAAUAAAGUGGACCAAGGGCUUUGCUGUGUCUGGAACGGCAGGAAAAGAUGUGGUUGCUUGUUUAAAUGAGGCAAUGGAAAGGCAAGGAUUAGAUAUGCAAGUGUCUGCCCUGGUUAAUGAUACUGUGGGAACAUUAGCUGGAGCUAGAUACUGGGACGAUGAUGUCAUGGUUGCUGUCAUUUUGGGUACCGGAACCAAUGCUUGCUAUGUAGAACGGAUGGAUGCAAUUCCUAAGUUACAGGGCUAUAAGUCUUCUUCUGGAAGAACGAUAAUUAAUACUGAGUGGGGAGCAUUCUCAAAAGGUCUUCCCUUAACUGAGUUUGAUAGAGAAAUGGAUGCUGCUAGUAUAAAUCCUGGUGAGCAGAUAUUUGAGAAGACGAUCUCGGGAAUGUAUCUUGGUGAGAUUGUUCGGCGAGUGCUGCUGAAGCUGGCUGAAGCAGCUACUUUAUUUGGCAACUCCAUUCCAGAAAAACUAUCAAUGCCUUUUUUACUCAGGACCCCGCAUCUAUGUGCUAUGCAAAAGGACAACUCUGAAGAUUUUCAAGCGGUUGGAUCAAUCUUAUAUGAAGUAGCGGGGGUAGAAUCCAAUUUAAAUGCAAGGAAGAUAGUGGUAGAAGUAUGUGACACAAUUGUGAAACGAGGUGGGCGGUUAGCUGGUGCAGGAAUUGUAGGCAUUCUACAGAAAAUGGAGGAUGAUUCAAAAGGCCUAAUCUUUGGUAAGAGGACAGUAGUGGCUAUGGAUGGUGGGUUGUAUGAGAACUACACUCAGUACAGAAAGUACCUACAAGAGGCAGUGACUGAGCUUCUGGGGUUAGAAAUAUCAAAGAAUGUAGUGAUAGAACACACGAAAGAUGGCUCUGGUAUAGGGGCAGCUCUUUUGGCUUCAGCAAACUCCAAGUAUGAUCACAACUACUAGAUCGCCCCCAUGUAAUUAAUAUUAAUGUAAUCACUUAUCAUCAAAGCUUUAGCUUAUUUAGUAUUAGUAAUAUUGGAUUUUGUAAUGUAAGCUGCUUCCGGCAUUUGCUUUGCUUGAGAAUAAGAGACGGAGACUCCAACCAUAUUGUCAAUUCAGAAAUUCUUUGUAAUUUACUCGUGUUAUGGCAAGUAACAAUAUCUUGUUUAUGCAAUAAUUUUUAACUGCUCUGUCCAGUUAUCAGAGCUUCUUUAGUUUCAACGUA